GCUUCCGGUACCGGCUCAGGGCGUCGGAUUCGCGGUCUGCGGACCUGGGCGCCCCUGGGGAGAGCGACUCUCUGUGGGGCGGUGAGACCAGAGAUAUCCUUUAUCAGAAAGGAUGGAGUUGGGAAAAGGAAAACUUCUCAGGACUGGACUGAAUGCACUGUAUCAAGCAGUACACCCAAUUCAUGGCCUUGCCUGGACUGAUGGGAAUCAGAUAGUUCUGACCUACUUAUACGUUCACGGAGGAGAGGCCAUGUUUGGGAACUCAACGGUCAUUGGACAAUUUGACCAUGUGUGUGGGGUGUCCUGGGCCCCACCUCAUACAGCCGACACACUGGCUCUGCUCGCUGUCCAGCACAACAAGCAUGUCACUGUGUGGCAGCUGUGUCCUAGAACUUCAGAGACAAGCAAAUGGCUCAUGUCUCAGACCUGCGAGAUUAAACAGUCAUUCCCUGUCCUUCCCCAGGGCUGUGUAUGGCACCCAAAAAGUGCUGUCCUGACUGUGUUGACUGCACAGGAUAUCUCUGUUUUCCAUAAUGUUCACCGUGACAGUUCCCAGGUCAAAGUGGACAUCAAUCCCCAAGGCCUCAUUCACUGUGCGUGUUGGACCCAGGAUGGCCAGAGGCUGGUGGUGGUGGCAGGCAGCAGCCUGCAUUCUUAUAUAUGGGACAGUGUGCAGAAGACUCUUCACAGGUGCACCUUCUGCCCUGUGUUUGAUGUGGGCAGCUGUGUGGGUGCAGUGUGCGCCACGGUGGACUCACAGGUCGCUAUAGCCACUGAGCUUCCAUUAGCUAAGAUUUGUGGCUUAAAUUCAUCUGGAACCUUUGACAUUCCCCCUAGUGCUGAAGACACUUGUCUGUAUACUUUACCAGUUGGUGAUGAAGGCUCCUCUGAAACACCAGUUUCUCCCUUUUCUUCGUCCUCUUCUGACCCCCUGGAUCUAACUCAUAUACACUUCAAUAGAUUUAAAUCUGAAGAUAGUUCUCUUAUUUAUCUAAGAAAAAAGGACUGCUUGACAGAAACUGGCCUGGAUUCAUCCCACUUGGUCCUCUUGACCUUUGAGAAGGAGGUUACCCAGAACGGAAAGGUCACCAUCCCAGGCAUUCUGGUUCCUGACCUGAUAGCAUUUAAUCUUAAAGCACAGGUACUCGCAGUGGCUUCCAAUUCGUGUAAUGUAAUUUUUAUCUAUUCUCUCUUUCCAUCACUUAGGCCACAUAUCCAGCAAAUUCAAUUAGAGAAUAAGGACAGGCCGAAAGGCAUAUGUUUCUUGACAGAUAAAUUAUUAUUAAUUUUGGUAGGAAAACAAAAAUCCACUGAUUCGGCAUUUCCUCCUUCUACAAAAUCUGAUCAGUAUAUCAUUCGUUUGAUCGUUAGAGACAUAACGGAAAAAGAAUCACCAGUGACACCGAGUGAAAACCAGAGUGGGUACUCUGCUUUCAGUACUCCGUUAAAUAAAGCAAAUAGAGAAAAGCUACUUGAAAGUCUUUCCUCAGCUUUUUAUCAACAAAACAGAGAGCUCUUAUUAACAGCUAAUAUCGGGAAUCAAAGUGGAAGGCCUGGAAGGACCCUUACUAAAGAAAUCAAAAGUCCUCCAUCCCGCAUCUGUGAUGGCGCCACAGCCCUCAAACGUGUAGGUGCCGGGCCCGUUACCCAGUCAGGAGCACUGCCCAGACCCAGCAGCACCCCAGACCCCACCAGUACCAUGGAGCCUCCUACCUUGCAAGGGGAGAAGGAAAGUUAUCAGCUCUCUAAGGAACUGGAGGUUUUAUCUAGGACCCUGAUCGAAGUUCAGCGACGUCUGUCUGAACUCACAGACUUUCUACGUGACGGAAAGAAAUCCCCUUCUGCGUAUCCCCUCUCCGAGGACCUGCCUUACGUUCACAUCACCUGCCAGAAACCUUAUUUUGUAGGUCCUAUUGUUGAAAAAAGAGCUGUGCUUCUCUGCAAUGGCAAACUAAGACUCAGUACAGUUCAGCAGACUUUUGGCCUCUCUCUCAUUGAAAUGCUGCAUGGCUCCCACUGGAUCCUUCUCUGUGACGAUAGUGAAGGCUUCAUCCCCUUGACCUUCACAGCCACACAGGAAAUAACCAUAAGAGACGGCAGUCGUGGAGACCAGCAUAGAGUCUAUGAGAGAAACUAUUUCAGGAAGUUGGAGGUCUCACUGAACCGGAUGUAAUUCAUUGUCAUGGGCCAAAGCGGCAGCUUAGUAUUGUGGAAAGAGCCCCGAUCCCAGCUCCAGAGAGACUCACCACUCGCUCCUCACUGCCUUCAGACAGAAUCACGACCUUCAGUCACUGCAGCAUAACGAAUGGGUCAGAACACAUCUGCAGAUAAAUUGUUUCAACCCUAGAAGCUCAUGUGCAUAGUAGCACAUACACUUCUUUUUCCCACUUUCUUUUAGAAUCAUCUGGAAAGAAAUAUGUUGUGUCCUUGAGGACUCCUUCCUGUCUUUUGCAGUUUAGGAAGGUGGGGCUGGGAUAGGGAAGAAGCAAGGGCCCAUUUUGUGGUUGAAAUGCAUUAGAGAGCGGCUGGGAUAAUGGAAGCAGAGGCCACUUGUCUGGAAUCAGUCGCCCGAGAGCAGAGGCUGAGGACCUCUGUGGCCUGGCUCCAUUUUCAAAGGACGUAUCUGAGUGGAUUGAAAGCACACAACUGUGAACCCUCAAGAGGGGGGCUGGGGACCCUGUGGUAAGAUCAGUGUGGGUGCCUCAACGUGUAUCUUUUUUUUUUUGUCUUUUUGUCUUUUUUGUUGUUGCUAUUUC